UGUGGCACAGCAAGUUUGAGAGUUUAUUGGCACUUAUUACGUUUUUGUUUAGCUUUAGCAUGAUAAUAUUUCUAUUGUUUCUAGUGUUAUUUUGAGUGAUAUAUCCCCACCCGUUCAGCACCGCGGAGCAUACUUCAUCGUCUGUCCUUGGAACUGUCCACAGAACAUUGCAGAAUGAUCCGCCAAUAAGCGGCUCGUGUUUUGUUAAAAAAUGUAAGAUUCGAGUUGAAAUACUCUGUAAAGAUCCCAUAUACGGUGAUCUUUUCAAACAUGCAUCGAAUCUGGAUAUAAAACCCAACUAUGAUAUACUCAUGCUGAGCCUGAGGUUACUGUUUGGAUCGAGGUUUAUCAGACCAACUCAAAAUCAACUGCUUCAAUCAAGAUAUAGAACCCUAGUUCAUUCUACCUGUAAGACUAUGACAACAUUAACAGGAGGACCAGCUGUGGCUUCCGAAGCUUCUACUGCAACAACUAUCAAAUUUGGCGACACCGAAGAAGAAGUUAACAUUGUGAGAGAAGGAAAAGCCGAAGUUUACUUUCAAAAGUCUGUGUUUUAUAACCCUGUCCAAGAAUUUAACAGAGACCUAACCAUUAAUGUUGUCAACGAAUUUGCCAAAGAGUUCUUCAUUGAAAAAAGGAAUAAGGCAAAGAAGAAAGUUGCCUGCAGUUCUGAAGAAAAUGGAGUGAAGGAUGUUGAUGUACCUGACCCAGCUGAACUCCAAGCUGGUAUCCAGUACAAGGAUGGCAUGCGUGUUCUUGAGGGGUUGGCAGCCUCUGGCUUACGAUCUGUCAGAUUUGCACUUGAGGUACCAGGUGUUAAAGAAAUAAUUGUAAAUGAUUAUGAUCACACUGCUGUGAAAUACAUUGAAAAAAACUUGGAAAAGAAUGAAGUUGCUCAUCUGGCACGUGCGAAUUUCGGUGAUGCUUCCAUGUUAAUGUAUCAAAACCGUCAACCCUAUGACAGAUUCGAUGUGGUUGAUGUUGAUCCUUAUGGAAGCCCAAGUCGAUUUCUAGAUGCUGCCGUCCAGGCUGUCUCUGAUGGCGGCCUGCUCUGUGUUACUUGCACUGACAUGGGUGUUCUGUGUGGUAAUAAUGGCGAGGCUUCAUACACCAAGUAUGGUUCCUAUGCUGUCAGGAGCCCUUGCUGCCAUGAAAUAGCUCUCCGGAGUAUUCUUCACAGUUUAGAUUCGCAUGCCAGCAGGUAUUCGAGGUACAUUGUUCCCCUUCUCUCUGUCAGUGUGGAUUUCUACAUUCGUGUAUUUGUCAAGGUUUACACUGGACAGUUCAAAGCGAAGCAAUCUGCCAGUAAACAGUCGCUCAUCUACAGGUGCGCAGGCUGUGGAGCACAAUACCUCCAGCCUUUGGGGGACCUAGAAAUCAAGGGUACCAAUACCAGGUUUGUUGCAGCGACAGGGCCCCCUGUGAAUCAAAUGUGUGAGCACUGUGGACAGAAACAUAAAGUCAGUGGCCCAAUCUGGUCAGAUAGGAUUCAUGACUUCGACUUUCUGGGAAGAGUUAUUGAAGGUGUUAAGAAAAACAAGGACAAGUUUGGCACAGCUGAAAGAAUGAUUGGUAUGCUGUCAAUGAUGCAUGAAGAGCUUCCAGAUGUCCCCCUCUACUAUGUGGCAGACGAACUGUCUUCUGUGAUGCAUUGUGAAGUUACCCCUACAAUGAAAAUGAGGUCAGCCAUCUUGAAUCUAGGACACAAAGUGUCCUUCUCUCAUGCAGCGAAGAAUUCAAUCAAGACCACUGCUCCUGUUGGUGUUAUCUGGGAUAUCAUGAGGCACUGGAUAAAGGAACAUCCCGUUUCCAAGAAACGUUUGGUAACAGGCUCAGUUGUCAAAAAUAUCCUCGACAAGGAGAUCACCUCCAAAGUGUGCUUUGAGUUGAGAGAUGAUGCUAAUCCCGAGUCACGUAAGAGAGGUCUUCAGCGUUGGAAGGAUAUGCCUGAAAACUGGGGUCCAAUGUCCAGGGCAAAGAAAAGUCCCGAGAGGGAGCCACAAGCCCCAGAGAAGAAGCGAAAACUUAGUGAGGAGGAGAAAAGCCACAAGACAGAUGUUGAGAUGGUCGAUGAGGUGACUUCGUCUUCUGGAACAAAGGAAUAGACUUUAUGAGAAAGAAAUAUACGAGUGAAAUGUGUGAAUGGACCAGCAAUAAACAUGAUACAAGUGAAGAUAUGUCUCAUAUGACUUAUGUGAAAUGGUUUCAGUAUAAAAAAUGUUGUUGCAAAGGAAAUGAGAGCAGCAUCAGAAAAUUAAUGUUUUAUUUGCAAACAGAAUGUUUUGCUCUAGAUAAAGUGUAAAAUGAUAUUACACAUUUUUACUUGAAACAAUGAAAUUGAAGUACUGCUCAGAUAUCCGAACAACACUGAACUCCAUGAUGAGAACAGUAAUCAUGAAGUUAGUCGGACAGUCAUGUAGGUAUGUUGGCGAAGCUGUAUAGAAAUUGCAAUAUUUGCAGUGUAGUAAUAAAAUAU